GGUAUUCUCAUUUCUCGAACGACUCAACGAAGUCGCGGAAGACUUAAAUAACCAGAAAUUUCAUGUUUUACGGAAUAAUCUACUGAACGUCUUCCUCGGAAUGAGUUUCCUCGCUCUUUUUUGGGCCUUCUUGGGUGGCAUUUACACGGCAAAUGCGGCCUCUCACUCUCUGAAGUACUUCUACACUGGUGUCACAGCCGGUAUUGACUUCCCAGAGUACACUUCUGUCGGCAUGGUGGAUGAUGAGCAGUUUACAUACUACGACAGCAACAUGAGGAGGACAAUCCCCAAGACUGAGUGGAUAAAGGAGAAUGUGGGAGCAGAUUACUGGGAUGAAAUGAGUCAGAUUGGCAUGGGUCAUCAGCAGUCCUUCAAAACCAAUAUUGGAAUUUUGAUGCAGCGUUUCAACCAGACUCAGGGUGUGCACACUGUGCAGAGGAUGUACGGCUGUGAGUGGGAUGAUGAGACUGAGGCCACAGGAGGGUUCAAUCAGUAUGGAUACGACGGGGAAGACUUCGUUACUUAUGACCUGAAAUACCUGCGUUACAUUGCACCGGUGCAGCAGGCGUUUAUCACUGCAGUGAAAUGGAGUCAUAACCCAGCUGAGCUUGAGCACAUGAAGCAGUACCUGACCCAGGAGUGCGUUGACUGGCUGAAGAAGUACGUGAGCUACGGGAGGAGCGCUCUGGAGAGGACAGUUGCUCCUGAGGUCUCUCUGCUGCAGAAGGACCCCUGCUCUCCUGUCAUUACCUGUCAUGUGACCGGAUUCUACCCCCGUGGCGUCAUGGUAACCUGGCAGAGAAACGGAAAGGAGCUGGAUGGGGACGUAGAGCUGGGGGAGACGGUGCCCAACGAGGACGGAACUUUCCAGACCACAUCUCACCUGACAGUGAAGCCUGAGGACUGGAAGGGCCAAGAGUACACCUGUACUGUACAGCACAAGAGCCUGAAACAGGACAUCAUUCUGCCUGUCAAAGAGGAGAACAUCAAGAGGAACAGCGAUAUCAAGACCUCUCACUCUCUGAAGUACUUCUACACUGCUGUCACAGCCGGUAUUGACUUCCCAGAGUUCACUGCUUUGGGUUUGGUGGAUGAUGAGCCAUUUACAUACUAUGACAGCAAAAUCAGGAGGCCAAUCCCCAAGACUGAGUGGAUAAAGGAGAAUGAGGGAGCAGAUUACUGGGACAGAAAAAGUGAUGAAGCGCUUGUUCAACAGCAUACCUUAAAAGGAAUUCUGAUGCAGGAUUUAGACCAGACUCAGGGUGUGCACACACUGCAGAGAAUGGUCGGCUGUGAGUGGGAUGAUGUGACCGGGGCCACAAGAGGGUUUGAUCAGUAUGGAUACGACGGGGAAGACUUCAUUACUUAUGACCUGAGAAACCAGCGUUACAUUGCAGUAUCGCAGCAGGCGUUUAUCACUGCAGUGAAAUGGAAUAAUAACCCAGCUCUGCUUGAGCACAGGAAGCAGUACCUGACCCUGGAGUGCGUUGCGUGGCUGAAGAAGUACGUGAGCUAUGGGAGGAGCGCUCUGGAGAGGACAGUUGCUCCUGAGGUCUCUCUGCUGCAGAAGGACCCCUCCUCUCCUGUCAUUACCUGUCAUGUGACCGGAUUCUACCCCCGUGUCGUCAUGGUAAUCUGGCAGAGAAAUGGAGAGGACCUGGAUGUGGAUGUAGAGAUGGGGGAGACUGUGCCCAAUGAGGACAGAACUUUCCAGACCAGAUCUCACCUGAGAGUGAAGCCUGAGGACUGGAAGAGCCAAGAGUACACCUGUACUGUACAGCAGAAGAGCCUGGAACAGGACAUCGUUGUGUCUGUCAAAGAGGAGAACAUCAAGAGGAACAGCGAUAUCAAGAGAGAGGAGCUGGAGGAGAGCUACAGCAAGAGGAUCACACACACACACACACACACACACACACACACACAAUACACACACACAUGCACACACACACACACACACACGGACAUAUACACCUGUUUUUUAAUCAUUAUAAUCUACAGCUGGUGACAGUCUGGAGCCCCCUAAAUUGAUCAUUCUGAUUUUUGUAUAAACUAAACUGGUCGACCCUACAAAAUGUUUGGCCACAAAUUUCGGCAAGAAGCUCUCAAAACUUAAUACCAAAAACAACAUUGAUGAUUAUGCGUUGCAUUUAUAUAGCGACUUGAUUAUUUCUCCCUCAAUCUUUCGGCUGUUCCUGUACUUCGGCCAAACCGCAUAUUUGAUUUGGCAUAUGCUUUACGCCGGAUGCCCUUCCUGACGCAACCCUCCCCAUUUAUCCAGGCUUGGGACCGGCACUACGAAUACACUGGCUUGCGCAUCCUCAGUGGCUAGGUUGGAGAAACAAACCCGGGCCUCCAGCGUGGCAGGCAAGAGCUCUACCACUGAACCACCAAUGCUCCAGCGACUUGAUUAUCUCACUAUCUCUAAAUGCUUUACAGUGAAACGGGGUUAACCCACCUCAGGCACCACCGCUGUCUAGCCCCCCACUGGCCCCACAUGGCAGCCAUUUUGUGCCAGAACGCUCACUGCAUAUCAGGUGAGGUGGGGAAGUAAUUACAGUCACUCCUGCUAAUAAAUUUCAUUGGAUUAAGGGUUCCAUUUAACAAAACGUAGUGUGUUAAUGCUGUCCUGUUGCUUUAUAUUCUCUUAGAUUUAAACACUGCACAGUUUAGAUAAAUGAGAGCACUUGUGUUUAUCUGUGUAUGUAACUCACUGAAGAAUGAGAAUGAGCCCCCAGCACACAACUGAAAGGGAACUACAAUAGAAAUAAAGUAAAGAACAGCAGGAUGUUCUAAAAUGAAGAAGGUAAUGUUCCCCUGUCUGGACUGCACCCUGAAAAGCAUGGCCAGUUCCAUACCUGGAGGGUCGAUGUGUUUGCUGGUUUUUGCUUCCACCAGUAACCCUGGCUCAGUUAGCUCAUUAGCUGUAUAUACAAACACUGGUUCACUCAGAGUAGACUACAGCAAAACCUUUUUUACUGAACAUUUGGCACAAGAAUCUGUCUCCACUAUGAUUCAUGAGUUUAUCAUCAAAAUUUUCUAAUAACACAAUUAAAUUUGCAUUUGCUAGUAACCCAGUUGUAGCAUACGGCAAAUGACAUGUCAGGCAAUCACAUAAAUUGAAUAAAUGGCAACAAUUUGGCUUCAAUGGUUUCUUGUGAUUAUAAGCAAAACACUGAAAUUAUCAGGCUCAGUAAAGGUGUAUUAGUAACAUAAAUUAGUAUUGAAUGACUUGUAACCCUGUUUGAGGUUGUACUGUCAGUAUAAACACUCAGUUAACACAAGCUCUCAGUUUUGCAUUUUGUUGUUUUUUAUUUUUUGAGCUGUUCAUAUUUUCUUGUUUUUCCUCUGAAGUUGAUUUUAAUUUACAAUUGAAUAUACAGUUUAAGUGCUUUUUGGGUAUAAUUUGGUUAUGGGUAAGAAGAAUAUUUCUACCCUAGUAGUAUUACUGUUUUUGUUUGAAUCUGAAUGUAUCUUAGAGAAUGUGAGGGUAAAGCUUCUCCUGUAUUUAAUUAAGCAUUUAUACCGAGUAAAGAGGAAGAUUUGGUUUUUAGAUUCAGUUAGAGUCACAUUGAUAGAUCUUGAUAUGUACCGUCUUAUUAUAUGACAAAAAAACACCAAAAUAACAUGGCUAGCUUGAUUGGCAUUAAGAUUUCCUGCUUGUCUUUACACUUGACAUGUUUGUAAAAUGACCAAAUUAAAUAAAGGAGUGAAAAUGUU